GAUUCUGAUACAACACCUAUGGUUUGCUGUGACAUUUGCGAGCGCUGGGUGCACACCCAAUGUGAUGACAUCAGGUGGCUUCAGGUCUUCAUUGAUUCAGUUAAUUAUCUAUUUUGGUAAGUGUUUCAAAGUGCCUCUGUGGGGUAUACAGCAUUUCCUCUUGUGUGAUGCCAAUUCCUAUCCAAUGGGUAGAGUUCAUAAAAGAGCAGCCUACGCUGGACUUAGAGGGAAGAAGAAAUCGACGGGACAUUGUCUUCUGUUAUUAUCGGAACCCGUGGCAGAUUGUCAUCAGACUUCUUUUAUGGAAGUUCAAGCAAGACAUUGUGUGCUUAUCAUGAAAACUCCACUCUACUUAUCUAAUGGGGCAGAGCACUAUUCUCCUCCUUGGUUCAGUGUUGCUCCCAUGAUGAAAUGGACUGAUAACCAUUACAGAAUUUUGGCCUGUCUCAUCUUAAGGAAGACGUGGCUCUACCCAGAAAUGCUUGGUGACGAAACAACUGUCUACCAGUCUGGCAAUUUGUUUGUAGCUGAGGCCAUGUGCAUAAUUGCUGCAAAUACAAAUGUUCCCGUGAGUGUCAAAUGCAGAAUUGGAAUUAAUGAGCAUGUUCAUACUGUGAACUAUGUAAGACGGAAGAUCUGCUUCUGCCGAGAUGGGUUCUCAAAGGGUUACAAUGGGUUCUUAGGAGAUGUGACUAAGCUUGAGGAAUUUCUCAAAGAUCCAUGGGGUCUUAAGGCCAAACAACCUGCCACAUGUCAGGUUAAGGUGCCCAAGCUAAUCGUUGAGUCGCCCUUACGGGUGCCUGUUGGUAAUGGGGAUGGUGAGGAGGCAGCUUCUACUGCUUCAGCUCAGACAAAGCGUGUUGCUUUGCAGAAGAAAGCUGCUGCUGCUUCAUCUAAUGUGGGUGAGGAUUUCACUGGAGGGUUUCAGUCUGGAGAUGUGGAGGGCUCCACGAAUGAUGUUGGUGGAGAAGAACAAGGUCUAUCAAAUAUCAAAGUGCUGUGUAGACUAUGCUUUUCCAGUGAAACCGAAGGAGGUGAAAGAGCAAGGAAGAUGAUGUCAUGCAAUUGUUGUGGGAAGAAGUAUCACCUAAGCUGCCUGAAAACUUGGGGUCAACAUAGAGAUCUCUUCCAUUGGAGUUCAUGGACAUGUCCCUCUUCCGGGUUUGUGAGGGCUGUCAAACAACUGGAGAUCCAAACAAGUUCAUGUUUUGAAAAAGGUGUGAUGCAGCUUAUCACUGUUACUGUAUGCAGCCUCCACUCAAGAAAGUUAGCAGUGGGCCUUAUUUGUGCCCCAAACAUACAAAGUGUCAGACUGAGAGCGAGCUGGUAUUUAGGAUACACUUGUUGUGAUGCUUGUGGAAGAUUAUUUGUGAAGGGAAACUACUGUCAAGUUUGUUUGAAGGUUUAUAGAGAUUCUGAAACAACACCUAUGGUUUGCUGUGACAUUUGCGAGCGCUGGGUGCACUGCGAAUGUGAUGGCAUCAGUGAUGAAAUCUAUUUGCAGUUUCAAGUGGAUAGAAGUUUGUUGUAUUCAUGUCCAGAAUGCCGCGGAUGUAGUGAUCAGUCCACAAAAUCUGAGAAUGUUGUUCAGGAGAUUUGGAGGAGGAGAGAUUUAGCUGAUAGGGAUUUAAUUGCAAAUUUGAGGGCAGGAGCUGGGUUGCCAGUUGAAGAUGAAGUGUUUUCUAUUUCACCCUUUUCAGAUGAUGAAGAUACUGCUCCUGUUGUAAAAAAUGCAAAUAAAAAAUCCUUGAAGUUCUCUCAUAAAGGUUUAGUUGACAAAUCUCUCAAAAAGAGCAAGGGAUAUGGAAAGAAAUCUGGUAAAGAGAAGGGGUUAAUUGGACAAUAUGAAGGACAUCCAGAUGCUCCAUCUGGUGGAUAUAGUGCUGGUGAUGUCAAGAAUGAUGAAUUGCAGGCUUAUGGGGAACUAGAUAGCUUUUUUUCUCCUGCUGGUAACUUGACAGAAGGUAUAUGUUCAUUUAAUAUGGCAGGGGUCAUAGAUGACAUUACUGGAAACACGGGUAAGAGGACAGUCCAAAGGAAAGGUAGCAAGCCUCAGCGUUUGGAUGGGGAUGAUGUUGGAAUUCAAACAAGCAUGCCAAAGACCUCCAAGGAUCCAAAAGGUGUUAUACAUUUGGGCGCGUUGGAUAAAAAUAUAGCAGGUUCUCCGAAGUCCGAUGCUUCAAGCUGUCAGAAAGAGCAAGAUUUGACUACUUCACAUGGUAAUGAGGAUCUGGUUCAGCUGAGAGAGAAUGAAAACUCAGAAAGGAAUGAGACUACACUUGGUGAUGGAAAAGGUAAUGAGGAUCUGGUUCAGCUGAGAGAGAAUGAAAACUCAGAAAGGAAUGAGACUACACUUGGUGAUGGAAAAGGUAAUGAGGAUCUGGUUCAGCUGAGAGAGAAUGAAAUCUCAGAAAGGAAUGAGACUACACUUGGUGAUGGAAAAGGUAAUGAGGAUCUGGUUCAGCUGAGUGAGAAUGAAAACUCAGAAAGGAAUGAGACUACACUUGGUGAUGGAAAAGGUAAUGAGGAUCUGGUUCAGCUGAGAGAGAAUGAAAACUCAGAAAGGAAUGAGACUACACUUGGUGAAGGAAAAGGUAAUGAGGAUCUGGUUCAGCUGAGAGAGAAUGAAAACUCAGAAAGGAAUGAAACUACACUUGGUGAUGGAAAAGAAAGUAACUUAAUAAAGAUCAAGAAAGUUAGCUCAGAAGCUACUCAUUUCCCUGCCAAAGUUGGUGGAAAAUUUGCCGGUGGAUCUGGACCUUAUCCUCCACUCAAGACUUCGGGCAUAUUAGGAAAAAGAAGCAAUGAUAGUAGUGUUACUACAAACGCUGGAUUUGAAGUUCCUGCUACAAGGGACAACAAAUUAGCUUCUGUUAAACACGCCGAAGCUGGGCUCGCUUCUUGUGGUGACCUGUAUGAAGAAAAAAGAGGAUCACCUUCAUUAUCUAAUUCACCGAGAAUGGAUCCAAGACCUCUCCAAGGGCCCAAGUUCAAGAAUCCUUACCAUGAAAGUCAAAAUGCCUUUGCUUCUCCAGGAGAGCCGGAGAAAAGCAUGGAUAAGGGCCAUGAGUCUAAAAGAAAGAGAUCGCCAGCUUUUGAAGAAAAAGCAUCGAUCAAGUCUGAUGAUAAUUCAUCACAGCGAUAUGAAGGCAUUAUAACGGAUGACAUCUUGUCUGAUACAUGGAUACUGAAGAGGUUGGGACAAAAUGCAAAUGGAAAGAGAGUGCAAUUUCAUCAUCUGUUUGAUAAUACCUGGCAGAGAGGGACUGUUGUAGAAGUCUUUGAAGGCUCAUCUGUUGUGUCUGUUGUUCUUGAUGAUGGGAAGAAGAUUAACUUGGAACUUGGACAGCAAGCAAUAAGUUUAAUAUCUUCGAAGGAGAUCUAAUGACUGCUUUUGAAAUUGGUUAUUAGAUGCAAUGUAUGUUGCGACUUUUGAUGCCAAGCGCAUGAGCAACUGCUGAUUCCCAGAGUUGUUCCUCUUUGGUUUACUCAAAGGAAGUAACUGAUCAUUGUAGGUCAAAAUUUCAAGGUUACUGCACCCUUCAUUGUGUGUUUGAUGCUUGUUAUCUAACCAUUGGAUACCAGAUUGACAUGUAUGGCGUCGGUUUGAUUCUGUUUUAUCGUCACCUUUUGUUUUCCAGUUUAUAGAUUCUCUUUUCUGGUCAGAGGUAGAAGACAGUUUUUGAGCCUUUUGGUGGCACUUCGGAUCAAUCUUGUUGUGUUUGCAAUUUUAUUGUAAAAUUUCUAGAGAUUACAAAGUUCUGCUCUUGCUGGUAUUAACUUUGAGUAGAUGUUAUUCUAUGAUCUCUCUUUUCAAUAUGAA